AUGGAGCCUUCUACAUCACCCAAGAACGAGGAGCCCCAAUCAUCUAUCCAGGAUGCACCGUGUGGCCCAUGGCCGACGUCCAUGCCACUCUUCGAGGUGGGGAAAUUCCAGGACCGCCAGCAGCUCCUCAUGGUUGACAUGGGCGACCGUAUACCCCUGAAAACCAAAUCCUAUUGGCUGACAUCUGUGUUACCAAAAGUCAACAUUAAUUCUGCGAGUGUGGACGAGGUACUUGAUCAACUUGUGGAGUAUGGGGUAUACAAUCUGCAGACCAAAACCUGGAAGGGUCUCCCCAAUCCCCCUCGCAAGGAUCCAAGAUUAGAGCCGGCAGUCUACCACGGGCUUGUAGAUAUCUUCAACGAGAUUUUGAAGUCCAUCCCAGAAGAGAUUAUUGUAGCAAUUUGUUCACCGAAAAUUGCGACAAACACAGAUGCAAAACCUUCGAUGAAAACUCGGUCGACCUCUGCCGUAGAGUACAAAGCUAGACAAUCCACCCUCCUCUAUGUGCAGGAACCUCAUACGAUCACAAAAGGCGGCAAUGAGAUUGACAAGAAUAACCCUGAUGGUUGUCAGCUUACGUGUUCGUUGUCUUCCGCCAGCGCCCAGGAACCUGAUCGAAUCAGCUGGCGCCGUAUCCGGGAGGUGCAGGAAUUUAGAAAACAUCGGGCCAAAGCAUUCGAGGCGCUGAAGCAGGUGAUAUGGGAUCUACACGUUCUCCUCGAUACCGAUCUUACUAGGUGGGCUAUGUAUAGUUCGACGUUGGUGGACAACAGAAUGCGAUGCUACAAGAUGUCAAGAAACGGCGUGGUGGGGUCAGAGGACAUCGACAUUACUGAGGAGCCCCGAUUUCUUAUCGAAUACGUUAUCCGCAUAGCGUACGCUCGCGAGGUGGAUCUUGGAAUGGAUCCCACCAUCGCUCGAGUGUCGUCCGAGUGCUAUGACUUCAAAAUACCGCUGGAAGGAAAAAUGAAAACCUAUACUUCGACGAAAAUGUUGUUCAGACAUCGACUCCAUCAUAUCCGGGGUCGACCUACUCAUGUUUUCCUCGCGGAGGAUGAUGAAAAGAACAAAAUCGUCAUCAAGGAUGCUUGGCUCGAGAAGACCUUGCCGGCCAAUUACACCCAAGCGCAACAGAAAACGCAAUUAGAUUUCGUCAGGCAAUAUUUCAUCCCCAUUAUUACCCCGUGGGCCGUGCAGGAUGAAGAACGGUACAUCGCUACGCCGGGAGAUGUGGAAGACGACGACCCAGCACACAGUGCCGGUACGCUCAAGCUUCCUCAGGACAUGGUCUACAAUCAAUUUGCCUCUGUCACUCGUAGCCAAGGCACAAGCCUCACCGACACCAAUCCACCUUUGAUUGUUACAGCCUGCAGAGCCUUCGAUACCCCACGCAUACAGCGUCAACGGUGGAGAGCAGUGUAUGGCACUGUAGGUGUGCCGUUAGGCCAGGUAAAGAACGCGAGCCAUGUCAAUAUUGUCUUGCGCGACUCUUCCACAGCACUCAACCUGCUCAUGCUUGCCCAGUACCGACACCGAGAUAUCAGUCUUUACAACAUGUACUUGGUAUUGAAGGAGGGAUGCGAGCCGUCCGGAGCUCUCAGUGACCUAGAAUAUGCGACAGAUUGGUCUGAUUCUGCGUCUCACACAGCUCGAACUGGAACCUUGCUUUACAUGUCUUCAGAGAGGCUCGUGUCUGAAUGGAUGUACCUUCCCACGACAGACGAUGGGGCACAAAUAACUUGCAGUCGACUCAGCCCCCUUAUCCUUGAGGGACAACAAACCCCUGGUGCACCAGAGUCCCAGACUCCAGAGCAGCCGGCACCCCCUUUCCGAGGCACCCCUCUCCAUGACGUCGAGGAGAUGUUCUGGGUCGCUGUCUACAAGCUCCUUCAUAGCGUGCCCGCUAGUGAUCCCGUUCCUGCGCCGUGGCAGGUCGAAGUCCGGAAUCUGCUGUUUCAGCUCAGAGAUGACACCGCUGUACGCCGGCAGACCUUUUUGAAGCAGGGAAGAGUGUCAGAGCCCGGGCGCGCAAAGCCCUCAAACGAGGACAUGGUCCCAGCGCCAUUCUUCACAUGGCUCAAGGUAGGAAUUGGGACAGUAGCAUAUUCUACAAGACUGGCGAGAAGUCUUAUUCCCAUUACGCUGCCCUGGUCGAAAGUCUUCCAUCGGACCUCGACAUUCUUGAUCACUGCGAGCCUGAGGACGAUACGGUUACCAUACCGAGGGCAGAAUUAA